AUGUCAGAAACCACUGAUUCUUCAAAACCUCGAAAGCGGUUUAUAGGGAAAGCCGCUGCAACAAAAAAAAAGCAAGAGGAUGCGAAAACAAGUAACAUUGAAGAUAAUGUGAUAAUAGCUGUAGAUAAAACAAAAUCAAAUCGAGUUGUAAACCAAAUUCCUCUCGAGAUUCUAAAUGACUCGUUAUUAAACAAAGCGAUUGAACAGCUUCCUUCAAAUUAUAAUUUUGAGAUUCAUAAGACAGUAUGGCAGAUUCAACGUUCAAGAGCAAAGAAAGUCGCGUUACAGUUUCCGGAAGGUCUUCUAAUAUUUGCGUGCACAAUUGCGGACAUACUUGAAAGAUUUUGCAACGUUGAAACACUUAUUAUGGGUGACGUUACAUAUGGUGCAUGCUGCGUAGAUGAUUUCACUGCCAAUGCGUUAGGAUGUGAUUUUAUGGUCCAUUACGGACAUAGUUGUUUAGUUCCUGUGAAUGUUACAACCAUUAAAACGAUUUACGUGUUCGUGGAUAUUGGAAUUGAUAUUGAACAUUUCUUGAAUACUAUAGUAAAGAAUUUCGAACGAGGGAAAAAAUUGGCAAUUGUUGGUACAAUUCAAUUUGUUACGGCUAUUCAGGCAGUGAAAAAACAUUUAGAAAGUGAUUAUUCUCUAUUUGUACCUCAAUCGAAACCACUGUCACCUGGAGAAAUCUUGGGAUGUACGUCACCAAAAUUGGGCGAGCAAGAUGCUUUAAUAUAUCUGGGUGAUGGAAGAUUCCAUUUAGAAUCAAUAAUGAUCGCCAAUCCUGAUGUUCCAUCGUUUCGGUACGAUCCGUACUCAAAAAAAUUUACUCGAGAGCGUUAUGACCAUUCAGACAUGUACGCGCUUCGUAAACAUGCGAUAAAUUUGGCUAAAAAGGCAAAAAAAUUUGGGUUAAUCCUAGGAACUUUGGGUAGACAAGGUAGUCCCAAGGUUAUGGAGUAUCUCGAAGAAAAAAUUCGUUCUCGUGGGUUAGAUUAUAUUUGUAUCUUGCUUUCAGAAAUAUUUCCCGACAAAUUGGAGCAGUUUCAAGAUAUUGAUGCAUGGAUUCAAAUAGCGUGUCCACGUCUAUCGAUUGACUGGGGUUACGCAUUUCCGAAACCAUUACUUACACCUUAUGAAGCAUCUAUUGUAUUAGAUGAAGUCAAUUGGCAGCCUAUAUAUCCAAUGGACUUUUACGCUAAUGACAGUUUAGGGCCUUGGACUCCUAAUCAUG